GAAGUGAAAUACAGAAACUCUCUCUUCCCAGCUUGCCUAGUGCCUAUGUGAUCAGUGGGAUUGUGUGUACAAGAAGCUGAUUUCUAACAUGAUCGACAAUUUUCCAUUGUACAGGCCCACUGCUCCGCACCCCUCACGAUCAGACCCAUCUAUAUUAUGAUCCAUCUACCUCUUUUGGCUCUCAACGUGUUGGGCCACAUUCUCUUCCAACUUUAACACCCUUCCUCUUCUCUAUACAGAGGUUUCACCGAAUUCGAUCGAUGAUUCUGGAUGCUACAUAUGCUUGAAUUCUGAUGGCAGAAAUGGUCAGUACUGCGAUUGUCCAUGAGACAGUUAGUCAAAUUCUAUCUGACAUUGUUCAAAAAUAUGAGGAGAAAGAGGAAUCAAAUGCCAACAGAAACUUGGACAGGCUAGAGAUGGCUCACAUCAGGCUGGAGGCUGCUCUUGAGACAUCAAAAAAGUGGCAGAUCACUGAUGCAUCCUUAUUGCGCUGGCGUAGGAAGCUGAAACGUGCUGCUCAAGAGUGCGAUGAGACGCUGCACAAAUGCAAGCAAAGAAUCCUAGAAGAUGAACAAAUGGAACAGGAGGUGAAGAACUCCUCCCUUCCUAACCGUAUUGUGCAUGCUACAAAGUCUUUUGUUUUCUCCGUCCUUAAUCCCAACAAAAAUGAGUUGAGCAGAUCCAUUGCUCAAAGAUUUGAGUGGUAUGCAAAUGGUGCUAGUGAGUUUCUAAGAUUCAUAGAGCUUGGCGGCACACCAUUCCAUCACAUGCCCUUUAACUCCCUUGUCAAGAACCUUCUUGCAGGCAAGGAACUACAUCAUAAAAUUAUUCGGGGAAACAAGUAUCCCUCUGUUCUGUUAAGGUUGGCGCCGAUCCAUACUUCAGAGUAUGGGAAAAAUGUUGCAUUGACAUUUGACCAAUAUGAUGGUACACCGGAGGGUAAUAUAUUAUUUGGUUUGGUCAUACAACUCUCAGAGAGUACAGAUAUAUUUGGUAUCACACUUAGGUGCUUGCAGUUUUUUGCCCCUCAUUUCAAGUAUAAUUUUGAAAAUAUAAGGAAUGAACUUUCUCAACUGCUCACUCAAAACUUCUCAGAGGGGCCAUCUAUUUAUUCAUACCAGAAGGAACACUGGGACAAAUUCAACAGCUUCUUGUUGCAGUGGACUCGGCCAAACCCAUUUUGUUGCAAGCAGCAUGGUCAGCAUGAGGUUCAGCGAUUUAGCAACCUAGACAUGGCAGGAUUAUCAGAAGUUUUUCUAGAACCAGUAAUUAAUUUUAAUUUGCAAUGUCAAGUCUCAAUGUCUGUUUACAGCAAGCAGAGGACCUCGCUGUCUGAAGACAUAAUUUUUGUGCAUGAUUAUCCAUAUCUAAAAGCAGGAAUCUCCUUUGCGCCCCAUGGCUCUUUAGAGGUCAUGCUGCCAGCGGAUAGGAGUUCUGAAAUAGCGGCAAUAGUCCACAAGGAGCGACACUGCUUGCAUACAGACAUUACCUUGAAACAGGUGGAAGAGAUUAUGCUGCCAAAAGCAAUAGAUUACUUCCACCAGAAUGCCGAAGCGAUGGUUUACCAAAUGAUUUGGAAGUCUAAACAUGGGCUUGCACAUAUUCAGGUUGAGAAGCCAUGCAUGAGCACACGGAGAUCAAGUAUGAGAACACAGAGGACUAUAGGGGUAGCUAGUAAGAGAAAGCUAUUGCACGGGCAUGACGAGCAGCUUAUCAGAAAUCGGAUACAUGCCUGUCACUUGCUCGACUUAUGGGUUACACAUGCUCCUGUCUGGUUGCAAAGGUCCAUUAUGAACUGGAAGCGGAAAGAAAAGGAAAUUCUGUUAGCAGCACCGUAGCUACACCUGAAAUUCUAAAUCAUGAAACUUAGAUGGAUAAGGGAAACAAGAAAAGAAUGACCUGAAAUAGAAUGCUAUAGUGAAGAAAUCAAAUAUUAGUGUUAAUAUUCACAAGUCACAACCUAGGACAAAAUCUGUCAGAAACACGGGUAUCCUUGGAAAUAGAAUUCAUGUCAAAUACUCCAAAUAGUUAUAAAUUAGUAUUAUUGGUGUAAUUUUUCUUGAACACGUGUGAGGGAUUUCUACCAUUUCUUUAAAUAAGAGCAUAAAGAAAAACAACCACAAUAGCUGGGACCUUGAAGAUCUAUAUUCUUAUUAGGAACUUCCGAACUUGUGCAACUGUAGCAUGCCACUUGUUCUUGGUUUCAAUUUGUGUGUCUUCUAUGUAUGAUGUUGUUAGGUUCUCACCAGCUGAGUAUAGGCUGGGGAUUACUAAAUUACAUAGGAAAUCAGAACCCAAUGUGCAUUUGUAUGAGUAGACUUACAAUUAUACCAUCAUCACUUGUUCUUAGUUUCUAUUUAAAUUUCCAGUGUGUAGCUACUUUGGUACCACGGGCCUAUUAU